GGCGGCGGCCCAGCGGCCAUGGCGAAGCACACGGUGUCCUCGGCGCGUUUCCGCCGCGUGGACGUGGACGAGUACGACGAGAACAAGUUCGUGGACGAGGAGGACGGCGGCGACGGGCAGGCGGGGCCCGACGAGGGCGAGGUGGACUCGUGCCUGCGACAGGGGAACAUGAUGGCGGCGCUGCAGGCGGCCCUCAAGAACCCCCCCAUCAACACCAAGAACCAGGCGGUGAAGGAUCGUGCAGAAAGUAUYGUCCUGAAGGUCCUCAUCUCUUUCAAAGCCAAUGACAUUGAAAAGGCAGUGCAGUCACUGGACAAGAACGGCGUUGAUCUGCUAAUGAAAUACAUCUACAAGGGCUUYGAGAGCCCUUCUGACAACAGCAGCGCUGUGUUGCUGCAGUGGCAUGAGAAGGCCCUGGCUGCUGGAGGAGUAGGUUCCAUUGUCCGUGUUUUGACUGCCAGAAAAACGGUUUAAGUCCAGCAAGAAAUGGUUGUCUGUCACCCAUAGCUGUGGGAAACGCUGGUACAAAAACCAACCAACCAAAUGCCAUUGCUGCCCUGUGGGCAGCUUCUGUCUCUCAGCUUGCCUUCUUGCUGCUUCUUUCAUAUCUGAAAAAUAAUGCAUAUCUUGAUCUCUUUUUGUUGAACUCUGGAAAAUUAUGAAGGUGCAAUUUUAUUUCUAACAGGAAUAUUUGGUACUCAAGAGCAUUUCAGUGACAUGAAUAGCUACAUACACAACUUCAUGUUUAGGACAAUUUGCAUUUGUGUAUAAUUGUGGCAGAUUUGGACCUCACUUUCCAAAUGCUGAAGGACGUAGGACAGUGUCUUAAUUCUUUUUGCUAUCCAAGCAGUGUUUUGAUGUAAGAUAUAUAUUUGAGAAGUGGAGCAGCUAUUGCUAUAAGUAACUGGACCAUGUUUCUCUUGGUCAACCUCUGAACCUACAGCAGUGAAUAGUACAGAAGGUAAAGGCUCCCCUUCAGAUGAUUAUCAUUCCAGAAAGAUGAGUAUUUUUUUUUUAAAUCUUGUAUCUCAUGACCUAGUCUGGUUUCUUGUCAUCAGUGAAAUGCUAAGUCCACUGUUGGAAAGUCUCAAUUUGGAUUAAAUUGUCUGUUGUGCAAUUUGGAUGGCAAAAUUUAAAAAGCUGAUGGGCUGUCUACACUAGAGCCUAGUCCUGUGAACUCUUCGUUUUGCAGAACAAAGAUUCUGAUGAGGAAAAGGAAAGAGAGCUUUCACACAAAUCACCUUUCAGCAGCUUGAAGGUGAUUUGGUUUUGUCAAGCACAACAUAAUGGCUGCCUGUGGUAAUCAAAAAAAAAUCAUACUAGCACCUGCACCAUCCUUUGCAAAGCUCCCAUCUUUUAUUUUCCA